AUGACCGAUGAGCUCGGUUUCGGCAGAGAGAAGCGCAGAGAGCUGAACAUUGCCACCCUGAAGGAUGAAGUCACCUUCAGGGACUCCUUCCGAGAAAUGCUCGAGAGCGUCGUCGCCAAGGGACACGGCUUCGAGGAGUGCAAGGAAGAGCUGAAGAAGAACAUCAAGCUCGACCCUGGCUUCAAGGAGUUCUACCACUACUGCGAAGCGACCGACAUCCCUGUUGUCAUCAUCUCCAGUGGAAUGGCGCCCCUCAUUCGCGCGGUGCUGUCGAACCUGAUUGGUGAGACAGAUGCGGACAAGAUCGAAAUUGUCUCGAACGAAGUGAUCAUCCACCCGGACGGCAAAUGGGAGAUCCAGUACCGCCAUCCCUCGAGUGGGUUCGGCCAUGACAAGAGCCAAGCAAUCCUCCCGUAUCGCCGGCUGCCCAACCCGCCGACUAUCUUUUUCUUCGGCGACGGGGUGUCUGAUAUGUCCGCCGCGCGGCACGCGGAUGUGCUCUUCGUCAAGCAGAAGGGCGAUGGCGAGAACGAUCUCGCUGCGUACUGCACGCGCGAGGGGAUCCCACACAUCCUCUUCGAGGACUUCGGCAAGGCGCAGAAGAUUGUGAAGAAUGUCGUGGAAGGAAGACUUACGGUGAAGGAAGCACUGGCCCUUGGUAGAGCAGAAUGA